AUUCUAAAAAUAUUUUUUUUUAUAAUAAUUAUAUCAUUAUCUAUUUUAAUAUUUUUUAUAAAUCAUCCCCUAUCCAUAGGAAUUUCCAUUUUAUUUCAAACUUUAAUAAUCUGCCUCCUUUCUGGAAUAUUAAUUAAAACUUAUUGAUUUUCUUAUAUCUUAUUUUUAACUUUUAUAGGAGGUCUACUAGUUCUUUUUAUUUAUGUUUCAAGUAUUGCUUCUAAUGAAAUAUUUAAAAUCUCCUCACUAAAUAAAAUAAGUACAAUUACCUUUUUAAUAAUUAAUUUUAUUUUUUCUUAUAUUUUUUUUUAUAAUUUAAAUUGACUUAAUUUUUCUAUUAAUCUUGAAGAAAUAAAUAAUUUUAUACAAACUACAAUAUUUUUUUUUAAUAAUGAAAAUAAAAUUAAUUUAUCUAAACUUUAUAACAAUCAAACAUUCAUAAUAAUAAUAAUAUUAGUAAUUUAUUUAUUUAUUACUCUUAUUGCAGUUGUUAAAAUUACUAAUAUUUUUUUUGGACCUCUUCGAUCUUCUUAA